UCUACUGUACUAUGCUGCUUAGCUUCUCUGAAUUACAGCCGGUCCGUGUCCCACUCCCACCACCGCAAUAGCCUUCCUCGUCCGACUACGACUACGACUCCACUCCCUCUCCUUCCUUAUAAUGCGAAACACGCCACCCGCCUAGCUAACACGAACGCAGAGCUACAAGCUUCUCCUGUUGAUCAGAGGCAUCGAUCAGCAUGAACCCGGCCGCCGGUAUGUUUCCACCGCCGCCGCCGCCGCCACCACCUUUCCACUACGCGUUCCCGAUGCAGCCCCCGCCGUACUUCUACCAUGCACCCAUGUCGCCGGUAUGGCCGUCGUCCGCGGUCCCGGUGCGCUCCGUGUGGGCGCCCAACCUCAAGCAUGAAUCGGCCAACCUCCGCCACGUCGCCAGGAACGCCCAGUACGUCGCCAUCGACGUGCACUACCCGGGCGUCGUCCACCACCCCAGCCAGGACCACAACGCCCUCACCGUGGAGGAGCGCUACGCCCUCGUGAAGGCCAACGUCGACGGCCUGAAGCCGCUCCAGCUCGGCAUCGCGCUCUACGACAGCGACGGCGGGUACCUCGACGCCUGGGAGUUCAACCUCCGCGACUUCCGCCCCCAGGCCGACCCGCACGACGAGAACUCCCUCGCGUACCUCGCCGGCCGCGGCCUCGACGUCGGCGUGCUCCGCGACCACGGCGUCAGCGCCGACGUGCUAAGCAAGAUGCUGUUUGAAUCCGGCCUGAUCAGCGCUCGGCCUCGGCGUGGGCGGUCGCGGAGUUGGAUCACCUACGCUGGGGCCUACCAUGUCGCAUACCUGCUCAAGAUUGUCACCGGCGGCGCCCCGCUGCCGCGAGACGUGGCCGGGUUCAACGGCGCCGUGCGGCGUUACCUCGGCGACCAGGUCUAUGAUGUGGCUAGGAUGGCGGCCGACUGCCUGGACAUGCCGCUCGGGCUGGAGAGCAUCGCCGCUCACCUCGGCUUCCAUCCGCCGCUGGGGAGCCCACGCCUCGCAGCUGCCGCCGGCGUGCACGCGCUGCAGGUAUUCAUGCGGCUGAAGUACGGAAAACUCGGCGGCGAUGUGCGGAGGUACCGGGGUCUUCUUGAAGGCCUGCAUUAGGUCGAUCUGACACCAACAAUGCUGAGCCGAGAAUUCGAAGCUCGUGCAAGGAAGACUGUUGCUGACCUGCGUCCAUGGUAGCUCUGAUCAAGUCCUUUGAAGUCCCAAGUCCGAAGAAUCCCGUUUCAGAAAAAAACCAAAAAAAAAAAAACUACUCCCUCUGAUCCACGACAAUUAAUAUGGAUCGAAGUGCUACGGUUUUAAAGUUUCAGUAGUAGUUUCCUCGGGAAAAAAAGUUCAAGUAUUAGAUUUUAUAUUUUUCAGUAAAGUCUGAAAAAAUCCGUUUCAGUGAAGUUUCCUAGUUUUCUCAGAAAAAAAACGUAUAGUAUCAGGUAGCAAGGAAGUACGGAGAGUUAAGCAGCCAACGUGGAGGUACCGAGGUGUUCUUCAAGGCAUCCACUAGGUCGAUCUGACACCAACGAUGCUGAGUCGAUAAUUCAAAGUUCGUGCAAGGAAGACUGAUGCCGACUUGCGUCCUUUGGUGGCUCUGAUCAAGUUUUUGAAGUCUGAAGAAUUUAGCAGUACUACACUUUUGAAGUUCAAGUAUUAGACUUUCUUUUUUUCAGUAUAGCUUCAUAGUAAUGUUGCCCAUGUAAUCGCAAAAAGUAUGUUAAAGUUAUAGUAUAAAGAUACCCAGUUCUUUUCUUUUC